AUGGGCUCCAAGGCCAAGAAGCGCGUGGUGCUGCCCACGCGCCCAGCGCCCCCCACGGUGGAGCAGGUCCUGGAGGACGUGCGGGGGGCCCCGGCCACAGACCCGGUCUUCACCGCCUUGACCCCCGAAGAUUCUGCAGGUCCCGGCGGGAGGCCCGAGGACACAGAGGCGCGGUGGGAGCAGGUCUACCAGCAGAGCGUGGACUACGUGGCCACCACCCAGAGGCUGCAGCGGGCGGGCACAGAUCUGCAGCGUCGGUGUGAGGACCUGCAGCGGGUGGGCACGGAGCUGGAGCGAGGUGUGGGGCAGGUGGUGCAGACGCCGCUGCCCGCAGCCAGCCCCGAGGGGGACAGAGACAAACUCCCCAUCUCCAUCGUGGGAAUUCUCUGGGACGUCUUCACACCCGGCCCUCCGGACCAGAAGGGCCCAGCUCACCACGACAUGGUCUCAGAUCCUACUCUGGUCCAGGAGCCGGGACCAGGCUCCCUGUGA